AUGGCUCCCUCAGCCCCUCGCCGUCCCGCCGGGAGGAACGGGAAAGGGAAGGGGAGGCGUUGGGGCCCGCCGGGCCUCGGCCCCGCCCCGAGAGGCGGCGGGGAGCGGGGCCGCCCGCCCAGCGCGGCCCGCGAGGCGGAGGCGGUCCGCGCGCUAUUGCGGCCCGCUGGGAAACGGGCGGCCGAGGGGCGGGCGGUGCGCCGGAACCCGCGGCGGCGGGGACGGCUUUGCGGGGAGCAGAACGCGGAAGCGGCUUCGAGGAGAGCGGCGAAGCGCGGCGUCCCCGCCGGGCCGACCCCGCGGCGAGGCGAAGCCAUGUCGUCCGAUUUCGAGAGCUACGAGCAGGACUUCGCCGUGCUGACGGCCGACAUCACGGGCAGGAUCAGCCGGGUGCCCAAGCUGCUCGGAGAUGAAAAGAAGCAGAUGGUUGCAAAUAUUGAGAAGCAGCUUGAAGAAGCAAGGGAACUGCUCGAGCAGAUGGAGCUUGAAGUCCGAGAGAUCCCACCUCAAAGUCGGGGAAUGUACAGCAGUCGAAUGAGAAGCUACAAACAAGAAAUGGGAAAACUUGAAGCUGAUUUCAAAAGGUCACGGAUCGCCUACAGUGAUGAGGUGCGGAAUGAGCUCCUAGGGGAUGACGGGAAUUCCUCAGAGAACCAGUUGAUAAAAUUACGUGAAGAGAGGGCACAUCUGCUCGAUAACACAGAGAGGCUGGAAAGGUCAUCUCGGAGACUAGAGGCUGGAUACCAAAUAGCAGUGGAAACCGAGCAGAUUGGACAGGAGAUGCUGGAAAACCUCAGCCAUGACAGAGAGAAGAUCCAGCGUGCUCGGGAAAGGCUUAGAGAAACAGAUGCAAACCUGGGAAAGAGCUCCAGGAUACUGACAGGGAUGUUGCGAAGGAUCAUCCAAAACCGAAUUUUGAUCGUUGUUCUGGCAGUCUUCAUCAUCCUCACCACUGCAGCGGCUAUUUUUUUUUCUGUCCAGGGACGCUGAUAUCUUUAUUCUGCAACAAACUGCUUGUUCUGAGUAAUUAAGACAAAGUGGUCACAUGAAUCAUUCUCUUGCACUGACAGAGUCUCCUUCUCUUUUCCACUAUUCAACUCAGGUGCAAGUGGUGUAAAAUACUUUAUGUUAUUGAUGGCAUAGUUGAUGGCAUGUGGCGUUGAUUAUUUUUCUCCUUUUUUUUUUUUUUUUGUCUUCAUCUGAGUGUUUUUGGAAUCUUAAUAUUCAUU